AUGGCUUCGUCGAGUGGAACAUCUUCAGGGUCGUCUCUGCUUCAGAAUUCGGGUUCAGAGGAGGACCUGCAGGCCGUGAUGGAUCAGAGGAAGAGAAAGAGAAUGAUAUCGAACCGCGAAUCGGCGAGGCGAUCCCGAAUGAGGAAGCAGAAGCACUUGGAUGAUCUGGCAUCACUGGUGACUCAGCUGAGGAACGAGAAUCACCAGAUUCUCACAUCGGUCAAUCUCACCACCCAGAAGUACUUGGCGGUGGAGGCUGAGAACUCGGUGCUGAGAGCACAAGUGAGCGAGUUGAGCCACAGGUUAGAGUCUCUGAACGAGAUCAACGACUUCUUGAACGCCACCAAUGGUGCCUUUGGGCCUCCGGGCCCAUCACCAACCUCCUUCUUUGAGCCCGAGGGUAGCACCUUCUUCAACAACCCUUUCAACAUGGGUUAUCUCAGCCAACCGAUCAUGGCUUCUGCAGAUAUGUUGCAGUACUGA